AUGAUCAAAGAAAGUUUUGUGCUCCGUCUGACUAUACAAAACAUUGCACCAGCAACUCAAACACAAGCAAUGCUGAUUAUUCAGUCUGCAGUUGGUGGACAACGAUACUUUUUGAAAAUAUCACACUCUUCCUCUGUGUCAAUUCCUAAAGAUCAAUUGCAAACUCUGACUCAAACAAUUAUGCCUGGUCAAACACCAGAUGGAAAUGUUGUUUUACUGGCUGAAACAUUUGGAACUACUGUUUAUACCACAAAGAUGAUAAUUUCCAAUACUCCAGCCCAGAGUUAUCAACAACUUUUAAUUGCAACUCCUGAUGAAGCUGCUGGUCAAACUAUUGAUUUUGUUUUAAACACUGCGUCAAAUAUAAGUAUGGGUAGUCCUACAAAAACUUUAACUUUUGCCCAAGCUCAUCAAAUAGGUCUCAUUCAAUCAUCAAAUAAAGAUGAAGAUAUAAUUUACAAUGGGUGUUUGGUGAAUAAAAAAGAAAGUGAAUUGCUUGUUUUGGCAACAGCUUUAAGGCAUAAUUUACCAGAUGUAGCAUUAGAAAAUAUGCUACAUCUUGUAGAUUGCCAUUUGCCAUACAAAUUGCACAAGUCAAAAUACAGGUUCCUUAAAAAUAUUCCCAAUCCAAUAUUGCAGCGAAUUUUCAUCUGCCAAACAUGCACGAAUAUCAUUGAUUUUGGAAAUCUCUCAGUUGCCGAGUGCACCAAUUGCCUUAAGCAAUACAAUAAAGUAGAAUUAAUAAAAGGGGGCGAUUUUUUUGUAUACAUACCAUUGAAAGACCAACUAGAAGAAAUGUUUAGCUCUAGACUAUAUAAAAAUCUUCGUAAAGAAUGUGAAGAAAGUGAUAUAGUGAAUGGCUCAGUAUACAAAAAAUUAAGAAAUAAAAAUGUCAUAGCCGAUGAUGAUAUUUCUAUUCAGUGGAAUACGGAUGGCGUACACUUUUGCCGGUCAUCGAAAAAAAGCAUGUGGCCGAUUAUUGUGGGAGUAAAUGAAUUACCGUACAAAUUGAGGAAAAAUAAUCUAUUUUUAUGUGGGCUGUGGUAUGGAGAUAAAAAACCAUCAUUCAAUUUAUACCUAAAACCUUUUGUGGAUGAACUGAUAAAAUUAUACAAUGAUGGAUUUGAAACUAUCACGUAUGAUAAAAAAAAAAUUCAUGUAAAAGUUCAUACGCUCUUUUUUUCAUCCGACUCUCCAGCCAGAUCAGCGGUAAUGAAUAUGAAGCAAUUCAAUGGCGAAUAUGGUUGUACCUAUUGCUUACAAAAAGGUGAUAGACUUGAAAAUAAUGCACGUGUGUACCCAUUUUGCAACAGUGACCCACGAACGAAGCAAAAUUACUUGCAGCAUUUGCAAGAAACCGAAAAAUUAAAAGACCGAAAGAUUGAUUCUGUUAAAGGCGUAAAAGGGCCAUCUUUGAUAAGUCUUAUACCUAAUUUCAAUUUAAUACAGGCAUGUCCCCCUGAAUACAUGCACUCAUGUCUUUUGGGCGUUGGUAAAUUUCUCACAGAAGAAUGGUUUAACACAGAAAAUAAAAAUGAACCAUUUUAUAUAGGAAAAAAAAAGAACGAAUUCUCCAAGAAGUUGUUGGAGUUCAAACCACCAAGAGAGAUAACGAGAACUCCUCAAGCAAUUAACAAUGAUUACAAGGCGAGUGAGUGGAAAACUUUUAUAAUAUAUACAUCUCAUUCAUGUCUCAAGGAAUAUUUACCCCCAAAGUACCUACGACACUGGGAGUUGUUCAUUUUUAGCAUGGCCAUAUUUUCCAAAAAUACUAUUUCUGACAUUGAGUUUGAAAAAGCUUCUAAAGCUUUAAUGAAAUUUGUUGAAGACUUACAGCCUUUGUAUGAAAAAAUUAGUUUCAUGAGAUUUAAUGUUCAUCUUUUAACUCACAUCCCUCAAUUUGUUAAAAUGUAUGGAGCGUUAUGGAGCUGGUCUGCUUUUAUGUAUGAAAAUUUUAACGGAAUUUUGACAAAAUUAUUUCAUGGGACUCAGUACAUUCCUGAACAAAUUUGUAAGAUGAGUUACCGAUUAAGAUACAUAAAAAAUAACAGCCACAUAUUUAGCGAGCCAAGAGAUAACGAAGAUGUACGAAAUCUCUUCAUAAAAUUGAUGAAAGAAAAAAAUCCAAAAAUUAACAGUAAUCCAAAAAGUGAUAAUUGA